UGUACUAGUUACAAUUUUCUCUGGUGUCGCAGUUGCAAUCCCAUCUCACCAUCGUCUUCAUCCCCUCCUCCCUCCCUCCAUCCAUCCAUGGUCAAGACCGCACCUUGGAAUGGGGUCCAGGGCUGAGGAGGAGUGUGGCCUGGCCUAUAUAAAAGGAGCUCCUCCCCUCCCCUGCCUACCACCUCCAUCCAGUACACACACUUGUUGCCACCAGCUCUGCUCUCCUCUGCUCUGCCUCUUGAGCCAGAAGAGAGCAUCCAAGAGGCAAGGUAGGAGGAGAGGAAGAAGAUGGCGCUCCUCCUCUUGGCGCUGGUCGUCGUCGGCGUGGUGGUGGCGAGCAGCCUGCUUCUGAGGUGGAACGAGGUGAGGUACGGCAACGGCAGGAGGAAGCAUGGCGAUGCCUGCCUGCCGCCGGGCACAAUGGGGUGGCCGCUCUUCGGCGAGACCACCGAGUUCCUCAAGCAGGGCCCCUCCUUCAUGAAGCAGAGGAGGCUCAGGUACGGGCGGCUGUUCAGGACGCACAUCCUGGGAUGCCCGACGGUGGUGUGCAUGGACCCGGAGCUCAACCGCCGGAUGCUGCUGCAGGGCGAGGCCGGCGGCAUGGUGCCCGGCUACCCGCAGUCCAUGCUCGACAUCCUCGGCCGCAACAACAUCGCCGCCGUCCACGGCCCGCUCCACCGCGUCAUGCGCGGCGCCAUGCUCGGCCUCGUCCGCCCCGCCGCGCUCCGGCAAAGCCUCCUCCCCAAGAUGGACGCCUUCAUGCGCCACCACCUCGCCGGCUGGGCCGGCACCGUCGUCGACGUCCAGGCCAAGACCAAGGAGAUGGCAUUGCUGUCUGCACUCAGGCAGAUCGCCGGCAUCACCGCCGGCCCGCUCUCCGACGCCCUGCAGACAGAGCUGUACACCCUUGUGCUCGGCACCAUCUCCUUGCCCAUCAACCUUCCCGGGACCAGCUACUACCAGGGCUUUCAGGCGAGGACGAAGCUUGUGUCCAUGCUAGAGCAGAUGAUCGCCGAGCGGCGGUCGUCUGGUGAAGCCCACGAUGACAUGCUGGAUGCUCUCUUGAGAAGCGGUGAUGACGGGACCAGGGAAAAGAUUAGCGACGAGCAGAUCAUUGACUUGCUCAUCGCCCUCAUCUACUCCGGAUACGAAACCAUGUCCACGACUUCGAUGAUGGCCGUCAAGUACCUAUCAGAACAUCCGCGGGCGCUCCAAGAACUCAGGAGAGAACAUCUGGAUAUCAGGAAGGGGAAAUUGCCGGAGGAGGCAAUCGGCUACGACGAUUUCAAGUCCAUGUCCUUCACUCGAGCUGUCAUCUUUGAGACGCUAAGAUUAGCUACUGUCGUCAAUGGUCUGCUGAGGAAAACUACUCAGGAUGUAGAAAUGAAUGGGUAUGUCAUUCCAAAAGGCUGGAGAAUCUAUGUUUACACGAGGGAGAUAAACUACGACCCGUUCAUGUAUCCUGACCCGAUGACUUUCAAUCCAUGGAGAUGGCUGGAGAAGAACAUGGAAUCACAUCCACACUUCAUGUUGUUCGGAGGAGGCGCCCGGAUGUGCCCCGGGAAGGAGGUGGGCACGGCAGAGAUCGCGACUUUCCUCCACUAUUUUGUGACCCGAUACAGAUGGGAGGAAGAAGGGAAGAACACCAUCUUGAAAUUCCCCCGGGUGGAAGCUCCCAACGGGCUACUUAUCCGAGUUCGAGAUUGCUGAUCUCUUGGGAGAUACAUUUUGCAGGGUUUAGAUAGAUAGGGACCCAGAUAGAGAGCGUCAUUCUGCUCUGCUGCGCCGAUGAACAUAUUAGAACAGCCUUGUAAGAAAUAGGAAACAUAGGGAUAGUAUGGAUCUUAUGAACUAAUUAGGGAGUUGAGGUAUAGAAGGUUACAAGAUGCUGCAUUUUUCUUUUCUUUUGUUUCCAACGAUUCUUGGACCGAAACAGAUGUAUCAUGUGGCCAGCUUCUACUUUCAGAUAAAGGAAUUCUUGGACGGAAA